GAAAAAAAAUACUAAAACAUACAGACGGCGACAAAUGAAUCAGAGUGACCUUAAAAAAAAAGACAAAAAGAGAAGAAACAAAAACCCUAAAUCCGCUAAAGACCAACACUUGUCUCAAUACAUUUGAAAAUGUGCGGGAUUUUUCUUUCAUAAACAUCAUCUCAGAGUCUCAGCUUCUCUUCUUCUAACAUUGGUUUCUUCUCCCUUGAGAGCUUUCUUCAAAACAAGAUCUCUCAAGAGAGCUUAGCUCCAGCUGAUAGAGAGAUCUGUUUCUCGUACCUUCAAACCCAAUAAAGAGCAACUACAUCUCCACUACAAAAACACAAAGUUUCUGUCGGAAAGUUCACGCCUUUACAUUUUACAGAUUUUUGAGAGCAAUGGGUCUGAAUCUCAACCCGAUUCUCCGACAAGAGCUAGCAAACCUCGACAAAGACACAGAGAGCCGCAAAACCGCCAUGAAAGCCCUCAAGUCCUACGUCAAAGACCUCGACUCAAAGGCCAUCCCGAGCUUCCUAGCGCAAGUCUCCGAGACCAAAGAGACAAACUCUCUCUCCGGCGAAUACACAAUCUCCCUCUACGAGAUCCUCGCCCGCGUCCACGGACCCAACAUCGUCCCCCAGAUCGAUACCAUCAUGUCCACCAUCGUCAAGACCUUAGCUUCCAGCGCCGGAUCCUUCCCUCUUCAACAGGCUUGCUCUAAAGUGGUCCCCGCCAUCGCUAGGUACGGUAUCGACCCUACGGAACAAGAAGAAGACAAGAAGCGUGUGAUUAUACACUCUCUGUGUAAGCCUCUCUCUGACUCUCUCCUUUGUUCACAAGAGAGCUUAGCUUCAGGCUCCGCGCUGUGCCUCAAAGCUCUCGUGGAUUGUGAUAACUGGAGGUUUGCUUCUGACGAGAUGGUGAAUAAAGUCUGCCAAAACGUCGUCGUUGCGUUGGACGCGAACUCUAACCAGACGCAUCUGCAUAUGGGUUUGGUGAUGGCCCUUGCGAAGCGUAAUCCUUUGAUCGUUGAGGCUUACGCGAGGCUGUUGAUACACACGGGGGUAAGGAUACUCGGGUUCGGUGUGAAGGAAGGGAACUCGCAGAAGAGGUUGUCCGCUGUGCAGAUGAUUAACUUUUUGAUGAAGUGUUUGGAUCCGAGGAGUAUCUACUCUGAGGUUGAGUUGAUUGUUAAGGAGAUGGAGAGGUGUCAGACGGAUCAGAUGGCGUACGUUAGAGGAGCUGCUUAUGAAGCGAUGGUGACUUCUAAGAGGAUAGCUGGGGAGCUUGAGGGGAAGAUGGAGAAGAAAGGUUGUCGUUCUGUGACUGGUUCGAAUUUUUGUGGAAGAAAGUGUUCUCCUCGUUCUCAUGAUGAUAAUGAGUCUUUGUCACCUGAGUCACAGACUCUUGGAGGGUCUUUUAGUGGUGGGUAUGAUUCUCCGGUUGAGUCUUCGCCGCGUAGCUCUUGUAACUUUGAUGGGAGGAGUGUGAAUAGGAAACUGUGGAGGAGUAAUGGUGUGGUUGAUAUCUCUUUGAAGGAUGGUUUGUUCUCUGGAGACACCACUGUCUCUGAUUCACCUCUUGUCCCCUAUGAUCAUUGUGAUAAUGAGUUUGAAGGUUUUGUAAUGGGAAGUUUGAGGAACAGGAGGAUGCAGAACACAACUCCUACUAGUCCACAGAGACACUGUUGUUCAAGGAACAUGAAUGCUGAAAAUUUCAACAUCUAUAGCACUCCGAGGAAGCUAAUCAGUUCUCUUCAGUAUCCUGAUGAUAUGGGCUUGGAUCAUUCUGACAUUCAGAGUCCAAUGCCAUCUCGCCAGAACACUAAACUCAGGAAGCAAUCAUCUCCAACACCUGUGAAGCAAGCGAUGGAAACAAUCUCAUCAUCAUCAACUGUGAUGUUAAGUGAAGAAACAACACCUCAAUCACAGAUGAUAAUGAGUAGUAAGAAGAAGAAGAAGAACAUGAGGUAUGCCAAACUCAUGUUUGUUGUAUCCUUUUUUGUGGUGGUGCUGUUUACAAGUGUGGUGAUGUUCAGUCAAGAUGAUGAUGUUGUUUACUACACUGUUCCAACAUGAUGAUUCCACCUCUCUUUUGGUGGUCAGUUUUAAAUCCUAGUGUAACGGGGAGACGAGGUUAUUUAGUUAUCCAAUUCACAUGUUGCUUGUUUGUAUUGUACUUUUAGUACAAGGUGUAAAAUCUUCUUCUACUCUUUGUUCUCAUUUUGUUUUAGUGCAAAUCUGUUGUAUCAAAACAUUGUUUUAGUAUAAAAUGUUUAGAAAAGUUUAAGAUUUUAAAUUUUA